CGCUGGAGGUCUUGAGCUCUCUGUCAGCACUGCAAAAACUUGCCCUAUAGAUUUCCCCGAAGCUUCUUAGAUGACGCUUGUCGGUGCCCACCUACUGCUUGCCGUCCUUCUUGCUGUGAACGUUGCGACUGUCGCGCUAGCACAAGGCGUGGUGAGCAGCGUUGUAUCGAGCGUCGGUUCAGCCGUAAAAACGGCAACGGGCGCGGGAGACCCCAUCUUGACCGGUUUUGAUGGCCGGAGCUUCGAGUUCGUUGGGGAGGUCGGUGCUUACUAUAACGUCAUCUCAGAAAAGCAGCAUCAGAUGAGCAUGAAGCUGAAGCUGGGCCAGAUGUGGGAUCACAAUGGCACGUACAUGGAGGGCAUCGGCUUCCGCUACCAGGAUCACAAGGUCGUCAUCGAGCUGGCCUCCGAUGACAGCAUGCACGUGUACCUGGACGGCAAGCGCCUGCAGAUGGCCAUGGACGAGAACGAGCAGGAACACUUAUUGGGCCUGGAUUCUGGAGAGAUGAUGCUGCUGUGGCAGCUGCACCGGCCCGACUUGGGCCAGGCUAUCGAGAUCAACACAGAUCUGCUGUCUGUGAUCGUCUUCCUGACCCCUGCUGGCACGCGUGAUGAGGGCGGUGUGAUUCAGCCGGCCUACCUCAACUUUGAUGCUGCCCUGCUCGGACCCCCCGCCCACGAUCUGAAGGGUAUCAUUGGCAUCGGCUACGAGCGUCUAACGGCCGCCGCCGCAGCCGCGCCGGCGGAUGAUUUCAAAUUUCACGGCGUGGAUUCCGAUUACAAAAUAGCCGGCUACUUCUCGACCGCGCACAAGCACAACGCGUUCGGUGUGGCGGCCGCGGCCGGCCGGAGUAAGCGGCGACUCAUCGAGCGCGUCGACGUGGCGUUUCCUCUCCGCUUCCACGCCGGCGGCGUUCCCUCCAAAACCCCUAUCAUUCCCCCCUCUCGCCGCCGCCUGAUCGAGGCAGUCACUCUUCCCCGCCGCAUGUUCCAGUGA